AUAGGAGAGGAAAGAGACAGACAGGCCCUGAUUUUCUUAUUUCUUGAUAUACGUUAAUUAGGAUGAUUGUUGAAACUCUUUUUGAGGUGAGAGAGUAGCGCGGCUGGGCCAUGGCAAGUAUCGGCAGAGCUACCCACUUUUUGUUCUUUCCCUCUGCCGUCUACUUCAAGUCUGUACAUAUACGCCCUCAUAUUUCUUCUCUUUCACUCAUUCUUCUCUAUCCCACUUCAAUUCUCAUCACUGCAUUUGCUUCUCUUUUCUUGGUUUUUCUUCAGUUCUUGGACUGACCCUUUUGCCCAAAAGCGGGGAGUCUUUACCUGUGGACAACACCUCUGGGUCUUAGCUACCUGUAUUGAGGAUCAAGAAUGGGUUCUGGAGUUUGGUUUAAGAAUAUAAUCAGUAAAAAGAAAGUGAAGGAAGAUAGAUCAGAGAAAUUGAAGGGCAGACUUGGCCGCUCCCUGGAAGAUGCUGCUGCUACUCAAAUUCAGACUGCAUAUCGAGCAUACUUGGCAAGGAAAACUUUUCGUCAUAUGCGAGGAAUGGUAAGGUUACAGAACAUGGUGCAACGCGAUUCUGUUAUGAAGCAAGCCUCAACUACAUUGAGUCGUCUGCACUCAUGGAGCAGGAUUCAGGCCCAGAUUAGAGCACGUCGGGUUCAUAUGGUUCUAGAAGGCCGGCUUAGGCAGAAGAAGCUGGAGAAUCAAUUGAAGCUAGAAGCAAAGCUUCAUGACCUUGAGGUGGAAUGGAGUGGUGGUUCUGAAACAAUUGAUGAAGCACUUGCAAGAAUACAUCAGAGAGAAGCAGCAGCAGUGAAGCGAGAACGAGCUAUGGCAUAUGCCUUUUCUCAUCAGUGGAGGGCCAACUCCAAUCCCAGUUUCGGAUCAGGAAAUGAAGAACUUAGCAAAGCAAAUUGGGGCUGGAGCUGGAAGGACCGCUGGAUUGCUGCUCGGCCUUGGGAAAGCCGAGUUGCAGCAUCAGAAAGUCCCAAGAAAGCACAAAGUCGUCAGGCAAACAAAACUACUAAAACCAUGUUUUCCCCUACUAGCAAAGCACCAGAUAAGGUCAAAUUAAUUUCUCCUACUGGAAAGCCUGUCCGGAAAGCAAGAAAACUAUCUUAUGAAGGAGCUCAGAAAAUAUCAGCCAAGAAAGUGAGCCCCAAACCUGAAGAGAAAAAAACUAGGAACGGAAAAGAAGGAUCUUAAUAUCCGACUUCAAAUGUUAUGCUUUCAGAAAAGUUUUCACAUUUAAAGUAAGUUAUGCAACAUAAGACUGCCGGAGCAAUCAACAAGUUUGAUAACGGCUCAUCGCUUGAUGAUUUACAUCACCGGAAAAUGGUGCAACUGUGCUUGUCAAAAGAUUCGGAAUCGAUCUGCAAGCGAUGGUUUGAUUUUCCUUCCUUUAUCCUUGUACAUUUGGAAAAAUAUAAGUUAUAAUAAUAAGCUUUUUAUGUAAUUAUAUAAAUUAUGUAUUGCAUGUGGACAAGGAAUAUCUAUUUGUGCUGGACUUUGGUCUUCUGCUGUAUCCCUUCCCGUAAAUUGUACUUAGUUUUCCGUAAAUUGAGUGGUUUGUAUUCUGCCAUGAACUA